AUGUAUAUUCUAAGUUCGGCGGAGGGCGCGACGUGCGGCGAGGGGCAGUUCGCGUGCGCGGACGCGUCGCGCUGCGUGCCGGCCGCCUGGCGCUGCGACACGCGCGCGCAGUGCCCGGACGCCUCCGACGAGAUCGGCUGCAGUACGGGCGCACUUGACUUUACUCUCCUCGCCAACGAUAUCACGUACAACACGACGUGCGGCGCGGGGCAGUUCCGGUGCGCGCGCAGCGGGCUCUGCAUCGCCGCCAGCUGGCGCUGCGACGGCGACGCCGACUGCGGCCCGCACGACGCCUCCGACGAGGACCCCUACAUGUGUGAAAAAGAUUUCAAGUGCUGGGGCAAGUGGGCGCGAUGCGCGACGCCGGAGGACGGGCAGUUCAACUGCGUGCCCGUCUACCACUUCUGCGACGGCGUGCGGCACUGCCUCGACGGGAGUGACGAGUGGGACAUCUGCGACAACUUCACGGAGGCGUCGUGCGCGCCGCUCGGCUGCAGCGCGUGCCGGCCGACGCACGAGGGCGCGGCGUGCUACUGCCGGCCCGGCUACGAGUGGCGCGACGGCCGCUGCCUCGACAGUGACGAGUGCGAGUGGGAGGGCGCGUGCUCGCAGCGCUGCACGAACCUGCCCGGCUCCUACACGUGCGCCUGCGUGGACGGGUAUACGCUGCGCGACGACAAGAAAUCCUGCGCUGCUAUAAAUGAGCCGGCGGGCGCGCCGCUGUCGCUGGUGGUGGCGACGCAGAGCGGCGUGGAGCGCGUGUGGCCGGCGGGAGGGGGCGCGCGCAACCGCUCGCUGGACGCGCUGGGCGUGCGCGCGCUCGACUUCCACUACUCCAACCGGACCGUUUGCUACAUACACCACAACAUCAGCCGCUCGUCGCUAGUGUGCGUCGACGCGGAUAAUUUCAACAACCGGACCGUCAUGCCGUCGCCCACCCUGUUCCCUGACCUCAACUCGGUGUCGCACCUGGCCGUGGACUGGGUGGCCAACAACUGGUACUUCGCGGACGAGGCGCGCGAGGUGGUGUACGUGUGCGACGCGUCGCUGCGGUUCUGCCGCAUGCUGCUGGACGCCGGCCUCAGCAAGCUGCGCGGCCUGGCGCUCGACCCCGCGGCCGGGCUGAUGUUCUGGAGCGCGUGGGGCGCGGCGGCGCCGGGCGUGUGGCGCGCGGAGCUGGGCGGCGGCGCGGCGCGGGCGCUGGCGGCGCUCAAGCUGGUGUACCCGGGCGCGCUGGCGCUGGACCCCGCCGCGCGCCUGCUGUACUGGGCCGACGCCUACCUGGAGACCGUGGAGCGCGCCGACUACGACGGCGGCCGGCGCCUCACCGUGCGCCGCUCCUACGUCACGCAGAAGCUGCAGCACAUAUCGGUGCUGGAGGGCACGCUGUACCUGCCGGUGUGGGCCAACAGCAGCGUGGCGGCCGUGGCGCGCGACAGCCGCGCGCGCGCGCUCAGCUCCGUGGCUCUGCGCGCGCGCCCCACGGCCGCGCUCGUCUACCACCGCCAGCGGCAACCGCUCGAGCACCGUGCGCACCCGUGCGCGGCGCACAAGGGCGGCUGCGCGCACGUGUGCGUGACGGCGUACCGCGGCGAGCGGCGCGCGCCGCACGCGCACUGCGUCUGCCGGCACGGCUUCCGCCUCGUCGGCCACGGGGACUGCGAGCGCGUGGAGUCGGACACGUUCCUGGUGGUGUGCCGCGGCGCGCCGGCGCUGGUGAGCGGGCUGGCGCUGGAGGGGCGCGGCGCGCUGGCGGACGAGCCCUUCGCGCCCGCCGCGCACGCCGCGCGCCCCACCGCCGCCGACGUGGACCUGGCCACCCGCACGCUCUACUACUGCGACGUGCACCGAUACGAGAUCGUGCGACAAAAACUAGACGGUAGCGAGCGCGAAGUUUUCAUCGGAGAUGACGUCGACAACUGCGAGGGCAUCGCCAUCGACUGGAUGGGUCGCAACGUGUACUGGACGGAUGAUGCGCUGGGGCAGGUGAGCGUAGCUCGGAUGGACGCGCCGUCGGCGCGACUCGUUCUCCUACGGGAUCAGAAUUUCAACCCGCGCUCCAUCGCACUCGACCCCGCCAACGGCGUGAUGUACUGGUCGGUAUGGGCGAGCGCGCAGACGGCGCGCGGCCGCAUCGAGAGCGCCGCCAUGGACGCGUCGGGGCGCCGCACCCUGCUGGACGCCGAGCUGCACUGGCCCAACGGCCUGGCGCUGGUGCUGCCCGAGCGGUACCUCUACUGGUGCGACACGUACCUGAACAAGAUCGAGCGCGUGCUGGUGACGGCGACGGGCGAGCUGGCUCCGGGGGCGCAGCGCGAGCUGGUGGCGCGGCAGACGCCCGACUUCCCGCUCUCCAAGCCCUACGGCCUCGCGGUCUACGAAGGCGCGGUGCUGUGGAGCGAGCACGGCACGGGGCGCGUGCGCAGCGUGCGCGGCGCCGGGCCGGCGCGCACGCUGCACGCCUUCGCGACGCCGCUCUACGACCUGCGCCUCGUGGCCGCCGCCGCGCGCGCAGGCGCCAACGCGUGCUCGCGCGACAACGGCGGCUGCGCGGAGCUGUGCCUGCUGGCGGCGGGCGCGCGGCGCUGCGCGUGCGGCGCGGGGCGCGCGCUGGCGCCCGACGGCCGCGCCUGCGCCGCCGCGCCCGCCGCGCCCCCCUGCGCGCCGCACCGCUUCCACUGCCCGCACGGACGGUGUAUCGACUCGUCGUUCCUGUGCGACGGCGACGCGGACUGCCCCGACGGCGCCGACGAGGAUGCGUCCCCCACCGGCCCCUGUGCCAAUGUAACGUGUAACGGUGACGAUUUUAUGCAGUGCGGAAUGCGCUGCAUCCCGAAAAGUUGGGUCUGCGAUGGAUUGAAAGGUUGGCGAACAUCUAAUACAAUGCUAUUUGUGUAUUAUUUUAUAGUUUACGAUAUAUAUUUUCAAAUUUUAAACUGCGCGGACGGCGCGGACGAGGCGGAGCGGGCGUGCGCGCGCGCCGCGUGCGGGCCCGAGCAGUUCGCGUGCGCGCGCUCGCGGCGCUGCCUGCCCGCCGCCUGGCGCUGCGACGGCACGCCCGACUGCGGCCGCCGCGACGACUCCGACGAGGCGGGCUGCGAGAGCGAGUCGUGCGGCAGCGGCUCGUUCCGCUGCGCGAACGGCGCGUGCGUGCCGUGGGAGUUCUACUGCGACGGGCACGCCGACUGCGCGGACGCCAGCGACGAGCGCGCCUGCCCCGCCGCGCCCGCCCUGCCCGCGCGCCGCCCUGCGCACGCGCACGCGUACGUGCCACCUGCGCCCAUAUAUACUAACAUAAAGCUGAAGAGUUUGAACGCGCUUAUCUCAGGAACUACUGCUUCUAAUUUCACAACGAGACUGAAAAACUUGGACUAUGCGAGGAUCACGAGUUCCAGUGCGAUAACAGGGAAUGCAUUCGAAAGGUCAGUCGUCGGUCGUUACUACAUCUAUAAUAUUAUUGCUGAUGAAGAAUACGUCGGAACUGAUCCGAGUGCGUGCCGCGUGCAGGAGUUCCGCUGCGACUCCCGCGUGGACUGCCUGGACGGCUCGGACGAGUGGCGCUGCGCCGGGGCGCCCACCACCAGCGCGCCCGCCGCCAGCAGCACCGCGCGCGCCGACGACUGCGCGGCGCCCGCGCUGCGCUGCGACAACGGCUCGCGCUGCGUGCCGCUGCCGCAGCUGUGCGACGGGGAGCGCGACUGCGCGGACGGCGCGGACGAGGCCGACCGCUGCGGCGAGCCCAUGUGCGCGGUGACGGCGUGCUCGCACGGCUGCCACCCCACGCCCCGCGGGCCCGCGUGCUCGUGCCCCGCGCCGCUGCACCUGCAGCCCGACGGGUUCUCGUGCGCGCCCCACCACCCCUGCGCAGGCUGGGGGGUGUGCAGUCAGACGUGUCAGCCCCACAAGGACCGCUACAGAUGUACCUGCUACGAGGGCUACCGGCUCGCUGACGACGGCUUCACCUGCAAGAGCACAGACCCGGCGCGGCCGCUGCUGGUGUUCAGCAACCGGCACGAGCUGCGCGGCGUGGAGCUGCCGUCGCUGUCGUCGCGCGCGCUGGUGUCGUCGCUCAAGAACACCGUGGCGCUGGACUGGUGCGGCUCGCGCGGAGUGGUGCAGCUGUACUGGACCGACGUGCUGGACGACAACAUCUACCGCGGCACGCUCACGGGCGACGUGGUGACCGGUAUAGAAGUAGUGGUCCAGCAGGGUCUGUCCACGGCCGAGGGCUUGGCCGUCGACUGGGUCGGCGAAAACCUGUACUGGGUGGAGAGCAGUCUGCACCAGAUCGAGGUAGCGCGCCUAGACGGUAAAUACCGCCGAACGCUCAUCGCCGGCGACAUGGACAGCCCGAGAGCCAUAGCCGUCGACCCUAGCGUCGGCUACCUGUUCUGGACGGACUGGGAGGCGGCGGCGCCGCGCAUCGAGCGCGCGUCGCUGGCGGGGCGGCGGCGGCGCGCGCUGCUGCGCGUGGGCGAGUGGCCCAACGGGCUGGCGCUGGACCUGCCGGCGCGCCGCGUGUACUGGGUGGACGCGCGCGCCGACUCCGUGCACGCGGCCGACUACGACGGCGGCGACGCGCGCGUCGUGCUGCGCCGCCACCCCGCGCUGGCGCACCCCUUCGCCGUGGCCGUGUUCGAGUCGCACGUCUACUGGACCGACUGGCGCACCAACAGCGUCGUGCGCGCCAACAAGUGGAACGGCACCGGCGUGGCCGUCGUGCAGCGCACGCUCACGCAGCCCUUCGACGUCAAGAUCGUGCACCCGAGUCGCCAGCCGCCCGCCGCGACCAACCCGUGCGCGAACAACGGGAACUGCUCGCACCUGUGCCUCAUAGACUCGGCCGCGGAGCGCGUGUGCGCCUGCCCGCACCUCAUGCGGCUCGCGGCCGACGGCGUCACGUGCGAAGUGCACGAGCGCGCCAUCGUGGUGGGGCGCGCGGGCGAGAUCCGCGGCCUGUCGCCCGAGCUGCCCGCCGCGCACACGCUGCCCACGCUGUCGGGCCCGCAGCUCGCCACGCCCGCCUCGCUGCAGUACCUCGCCGACGAGUACGCCGUCUUCUGGGCCGAUACCGAUAUGAACGAGAUCAAGCGCGCGGACGUGCGCGGCGGCGGCGGCGCGGCGGCGGUGGCGGACGGCGGCGUGGCGGCGCCGCGCGCGCUGGCGCUGGACUGGGCGGCGCGCGUGCUGUACUACGAGGCGCGCGGCGCGCUGGUGGCGGCCGGCCUGCGCGGCCAGCACACGGCGCCGCUGCUGGCCGCGGGGCCCGUGCUGGCGCUGGCCGUGCACCCGCUGGCGGGCAAGAUCUUCUGGGCGACGGCGGCGGAGGGCGGCGAGCGCGUGGAGACGGCGCGCGGCGACGGCAGCGAGCGCCGCGUGCUGCUGGACGCGCGCCGGGAGCCGCGCCUCGCCGGCGUCGCCAGUACGGCCGCUCCCUACCUCGCGCUGCUGCGGCACCGACUCGUGAUAACUGAGCGUCUGUUCGCAGGCAUGCGCGUCGACGCGGAGAGCGACCGGCUGUACUGGGUCAACCAGGCGUCCGCCACGAUACAGUACAUAGACUUGCAGACCGAGAAGGUGUUCACUGUGCCGCUGGAGGCGGGCGCGCGACCCACGGCGCUGGACGUGUACGCGGGCGAGCUGCUGUGGGCGGACGGCGCCACCGCGACGCUGCGGGCGUGCCGCCGCGACCUGUGCGACCGGCCGCGCCUGCUGCGGAACGACACCGGUAACUGCCGUCGUCUCGUCCUCUCGGGCUCGACUUCACUAUCCGUGGAUGACGUUCGUGACGUGUGCGCAGACGGCGUGAUAUCGCUGGUGGUGUACGACGGCGCGCGGCAGCGGGGCGGCGGCGCGUGCGCACUGCGGCGCGAGCCGUGCGCGCACCUGUGCCUGCCGCUGUCCGCCGAGCGCUCCGUCUGCCGCUGCGCGCUGGGCUACACGGCGCGCGGCACGCGCUGCGAACCCCUGGACGAGGUGCUGAUCUACUCGCUGAGCUGGGAGCUCCGGGGGCUGGCGCUCAACACGUCGGACGGGGUGCCCGUCGACGCCCUGCCGCCCAUCCCGCAGGUGUCCUGCGCCGCCGCCAUAGACUACUACGCAGAGGAAGAGUGGCUGUACUGGGCGGACCCGGAGAGCGGCGCGGGCUGGCGCGUGCGGCGGGCGGGCGCGGGCCGCGAGCGCGUGCUGCAGCAGGCGGCGGCGGGCGGCGCGCGGGACGCGCUGGCGGCGCUGGCGCUGGACCCGCUGGCGCGCAACCUGUACUGGAGCGACGCGGCGCGCGCGCUGCUGCUGGUGGCGCGCCUGGGCGGCCGGCACCGCUACGUGCUGCGCGACACCGACCCGCUCGUCGUCACCGCGCUGGCGAUCGACCCCUGGGAGGGCUGGCUGUUCAUGGCGGGCGGCGGCUGGGUGCAGCGCGCCCGGCUCGACGCGUCCGCGCCCGCGCUGCUCUACAACGGCACGGCGCUCACCGACAUAGCUUUAGACUUGCAGGAGAAGUACGUAUACUGGUCGGACACGUGGGACGUGAGCGUGUGGCGCAUGCGCUACGACGGCUCGGACAAGCGGCGCCUGCAUGCCGGCGCGCCGCUGCGACACCCCGUGGCCCUCGCCGUGCACCGCGGCCGGCUCUACUGGCUCGACACGAUGCUGAUGCAGGGCAGCGUUGCGUCGGCGCCCAUCUCCAACCUGAGCGACCAUCGCGUGCUCGCCGACAACCUCGGUGACAGCCUCAAGGACUUAACGGUGAGUGUCGUCACGCGAUGUGAGCCUGCGCCGAUCAAUGUUCGGGCCGGUCCCGGUACACGGCACUCUGGCCUGCCGCAGGUCUGGUCGCGCUCGCUGCAGGCCGAGCUGGCGGUGCGCGGCCGCAACCCGUGCGCGCACGACGACGGCGGCUGCGAGGCGCUGUGCCUGUGGGACGGCCGCGCCACGCGCUGCGCGUGCCCGCACGGCGCGCUCGCGCCCAACGGGAAAAAUUGCACGCCGUACACGUCGUUUUUGAUGUACGCCCGCGUGUCCAUGAUCGACACGAUCCACCUAGACGGUGGUAAGGAGCUAAACUCGCCCUACCCUCCGAUCGAGAACAAGACGCUGCUGCGCAACGUGAUCGCGCUGGCCUACGAGUACGACUCGUCCACGGUGUUCUACUCCGACAUCCAGCGCGCCUCGCUCAACGCCGUGCACUUCAACGGGUCCGACCACCGCGUGCUGCUGCCGCGUGAGUGUUCUCUCUCUGUGCUCUGUGGGGAGGUGGGUUCGGUGGAGGGCAUGGUGUUCGCGGCGGCGGAGCGCACGCUGUACUGGACGAGCACGUCGGGCCCCGCCCUGCGCGCCGCCCACGUGCCCACGCUGCUGCGCGAGCCGCUGCACGCGCGCGCGCGCCACGUGCGCACCGUGCUGCAGCUGCUCGCCGGGGACCGCCCGCGCGGCAUCGACUACGACCCCUGCGAGAAGCGCCUGUACUGGACCAACUGGAACGCGUCGCGGCCGCGCAUCGAGCGCGCCCUGACCGGCGGGCGCGGCCGGCAGGUGCUCGUGUCGCGCGACAUCCUCAUGCCCAACGGGCUGGCGCUGGAGCACGCGGCGCGCCUGCUGUACUGGGCGGACGCGCGCCUCGACAAGAUCGAGAGCAUGCACUACGACGGCUCGCACCGGCGCGUGGUGACGCGCACGCGCGCCGAGCACCCCUUCGCCGUGGCGGCGGGCGGCGGCUGGCUGGCGUGGACGGACUGGGUGGCGCGCGGCGUGUUCGCGGCCGAGCGCGGCGGCGCCGUGCGGGCCCUGCGCGCCGACGUGCCGCGGCCCUGCGCGCUGGUGCUGGUGGCGCCGCACGCGCAGCUCUGCGCCGCCGACGCGUGCGCGGCGGGCAACGCGGGCUGCGCCGAGCUGUGCGCCGUGGACGCGCGCGGGCACGCCGCGUGCGCCUGCCGCGCCGGCCUCGUGCUGGCGCGCGACGGCCGCGCCUGCGAGCCGCCGGGCGCCGCGUGCGCGGAGGGCCAGUUCGCGUGCGCGGAGGGCCCGUGCCUGCCCGCCCACCUCGUGUGCGACGGCGUGCCGCACUGCAGCGGCGACGUGGACGCGAGCGACGAAGAUUUGUACUACUGUACGUCCCGCGCGUGCCCCGCGGGCUCGCACGCGUGCGGCGCGGGCGGGCGCUGCGCCCCGGCCGCCGCCGUGUGCGACGGACACGUGGACUGCGACGACGGCUCCGACGAGGCCGACUGCGACUGCCCGCCUGCCUCCUACAAAUGCGACGACGGCACGUGCGUGGAGGUGUCGGCGCGCUGCGACGGGCGCGCGCAGUGCCCCGACGGCUCGGACGAGCGCGCCUGCCCGCGCGGCGCCUGCGCGCUGCUGGGCGACGCCGCGCUGCGCUGCGCCGCGCACGACGCGUGCUACGCGCCGGACCAGCGCUGCGACGGCGUGGCGCACUGCGCCGACGGCAGUGACGAGGCCGACUGCGAGCGCGAAACGACGACGCUCUCCGGUUCCGGCUACGAAGGGGAGACCUUCGAGGAGCAGCCCGUCCUGGGCUGCACGAAGGAGCAGUUCCAGUGCGGCGGCGACGACGCGAAGGGAACGGUCGAGUGCAUCCCCAUCGCGUGGCGCUGCGACGGGCGUCCCGACUGCACGGACGGAUCGGACGAGACGAGCCACUGCAGUGAGUCCGACUCGGAGUACUCUCCGUCCGAUAAGUCGGCGGACCUCGCGGACGUAACCGAUCGCUCGGCCGCAGGGCACGCCAACGCGAGCGCGUGCGGCGCGGGCGCGCUGGCGUGCGGCGACUCCGGCGCCUGCGUGCCGGCGGCGGCGCGCUGCGACGGCGCGCCGGACUGCCCGAGCGGCGAGGACGAGGCCGACUGCGCCUGCGCGCCCGGCUCCUUCCGCUGCGCCGCCAACGCGCUCUGUCUGCACACCAGCUUGUACUGCGACGGCGACGCGGACUGCUCGGACGGUUCGGACGAGCCGCCGGGCUGCUCGGCGCGCGCGCCCACCACCAUGCCCGGCGACGGCUCGGUGCCGCCGCUGUGCGCGGGCCAGCCGGGCGCGCUGUACUGCCGCGGCCGCUGCGUGCCCGCGGCGCGCGUGUGCGACGGCCGCGACGACUGCCUCGACGGCGGCGCCGGCUCCGACGAGGACCCGCUCCUGUGCUCGUCGUUCGCGGCGGCGGCCGGGCCCCCGACGGAGGCGGCCGGGACUGCAACCUGCGCGCGCGGCUCGUGGCGCUGCGGGAACGGCGCCUGCGUGGCGCCCGCCGCGCUGUGCGACGGCGUGGACGACUGCGGCGACUACACGGACGAGUGGCACUGCAACAUCGACGAGUGCCGCGUGCGCAACGGCGAGUGCCCGCACAACUGCUCGGACCUGCCGGUGGGGCGCGCGUGCUGGUGCCGGGCGGGCUGGCGCCGCGUCGGCCGCGCCUGCGUCGACGUCGACGAGUGCCGCGAGGACCACCCCUGCGACCACCGCUGCCGGAAUACUCUCGGCAGCUUCGUAUGCUCCUGCGCCGAGGGCUACCGUUUGAUGGAGGACAGAUCUAGUUGCACGCCCACAUCUCCCGUGAACGCGUCGCUGAUCUUCUCGAACCGCUACUACAUCCGGCGCACGGCGCUCACCGAGGGCGCCACCGGCGAGCCCAGCACGUCGCUGCUCGUGCACAACCUGACCAACGCGGUGGCGCUGGACGCGCUGUGGGCGGGCGGCUGUCUGCUGUGGAGCGACGUGACGCGCCUCGGCUCGUCCAUCAAGCGCCUGUGCCGCGAGGGCGGCUGGGCGGGCUCCGGCGAGCCGCGCGUGGUCGCCGGCGCCACGCUGCAGAACCCCGACGGGCUGGCCGUGGACUGGGUGGCGCGCAACGUGUACUGGUGCGACAAGGGCACGGACACGGUGGAGGUGGCGCGCCUGGACGGCCGCCACCGCCGCGUGCUGCUGCGCGAGGGGCUGAGCGAGCCGCGCGCGCUGGCGCUGCUGCCGGCCGCGGGCUGGCUGUACUGGUCGGACUGGGGCGCGCAGGCGCACAUCGGCCGCGCCGGCCUGGACGGCUCGCGCCGCGCCGUGCUCGUGGCCGGCCUGGGCUGGCCCAACGCGCUCACGUUGUCGCUCGCCACCGACGAGCUGUUCUUCGCCGACGCGCGCGACGACUACAUCGCCGUCGCGAACCUCGACGGCUCGAACGUGCGCAUUCUGUUCUCGCGAGACCGCAUGCCGUGGCUACGCCUGCACCACGUGUUCGCGCUGGCCGUGUGGGCGGGCCGCGUGUACUGGACCGACUGGGAGACGCGCGCGCUGGAGUCGUGCCGCCGCGUGCCCGACCCCGACUACAACGUGGCGGACGCGGGCCCGCCGGGCAGCGGCGGCGCCUACCGCUGCCGCACGGAGGCGCACACGGUGCACAAGCCCAUGGACCUGCGCGUGCUGCACCCCGCGCGCCAGCCGCCCGUGCCUCGUCUCGCGGCGCUAUGCGAGCAGCUCAACUGCACGGGGCUGUGUCUGCUGACCCCGGAGGAAAGUCCCGGCGCAGGUGCCGGUGCGCGUUGCGCCUGUCCGGAGCACUUCGCUCUAGCGGCGGACGGGCGCUCCUGUCGGCCCAACUGUACGUCCGCGCACUUCGUCUGCCGCACGGCUCUCAAGUGCAUUCCGUUCUGGUGGCGCUGCGACACGCAGGACGACUGCGGCGACGGCUCGGACGAGCCGGCCUCGUGCCCGCCGUUCCGCUGCUCGCCCGGCCAGUUCCAGUGCGGCAACGGGCGCUGCGUGCACCCGGCGCACAUCUGCGACGGCGCGCAGCAGUGCGGCGACGGCAGCGACGAGCGCGACUGCGACCGCUUCACGUGCCUGGCCUCGCAGUGGAAGUGCGGCGGCGACGCGGCGGCCGGCGUGCCCGCGCGCUGCGUGCCCGCCGCCGCGCGCUGCGACGGCGUGCGCGACUGCGCGGCGGGCGACGACGAGCGCGACUGCCCGCCGCCCACGUGCCCGCCGCACCACUUCCGCUGCGGCUCGGGCGCCUGCGUGCCGGCCGUGUGGGUGUGCGACGAGGACGCUGACUGCGGCGACGAGUCGGACGAGGGCGCGCAUUGCGCGGCGCGCACGUGCGCGCGCAACGAGUUCCGCUGCUCGUCGGGCCGCUGCGUGCCGCGCGACUGGCUGUGCGACGGCGAGGCGGACUGCCCGGCGCGCGAGGACGAGGCGCACUGCGAGGCGCGCGCCGCCUGCGAGCCCACGUACUUCCGCUGCGGCGACCUGCGCUGCGUGCCGGGCCGCUGGCGCUGCGACUUCGAGGAGGACUGCGCGGACGGCUCCGACGAGCGCGACUGCACGCCGCGCAACUGCUCCGAAUCCGAAUUUCGCUGCGACAACGGCGAGUGCAUCCGCGGCUCGCUGCGCUGCUCGGGCGCGGCGGAGUGCGCGGGCGGCGAGGACGAGCGCGGGUGCGCCGCGCGCUGCGGGCCCGGCGCGCGCCUGUGCGCCUCGCGCGAGUGCGUGCUCGAAGAGUGGUGGUGCGACGGCGAGGUGGACUGCCCGGACGGCUCGGACGAGGCGGCGUGCCCCGCGGCCGCCGCGAACGCGAGCUCGGGCGCGCCCGCCCGCGCCACGGACGCGUACGCCGUGGAGUGCGGCGCGCGCCUGCGCUGCGGGCCCGCCUGCGCGCCGGCCGCCUGGCGCUGCGACGGGCGGCGGGACUGCGCCGGCGGUUCCGACGAGCUACCGCACGUGUGCGCACACACCGUCUGCGCGCCGCCCAUGACCAGAUGCGGCGACAACACGUGUAUACCUUCGCAGCUGAUGUGUGACGGUUUCGAGGACUGCUCCGACGGCAGCGACGAGAACUGGCUGCUGUGUACGUAUGGCGACAGUUAG